UUACGACAUGACGGGUACAGCCAUUUUUUUUUUUUGGCUUGAUUCUGCCACUCGAAACGUCACGUGAAUUCUUAAUCGUAAUUGUGUGACUGUAAAAAGACUUUUGGUCAAUCACACUAUUGCAUGAAAUAGUCAGAUAUACGGAUUAAUCUGUAAUCAGGUGUCGUGCCAGGAAAUUGUCUGCGGUAGUGCCUGGUACCUUCGGCCGGACACGGAACGAACCGUGAAGCGUCUUGGCAAUAACACGGAAAGAAAAAAAGGGAGAAUAAGAACCGUUUGCUAAAAAGAAGAAAACAUGGCCCCCUUUAAAAUUUGUUAUAAGCGAUCGAAGCCUAAUUGUUUCUUUUUCGAGUUCGGUUGGCACAAGGAAGUUUCGUGCGACUCGAGGUUAAUCGCCUGAAAGGGAGACUUAUUAAAGCACAUCAUUCAUCGACUGCCAACACCACUUUUCCGCCUUCGCAGAUUUGCGGUUUUGUAACCAUUGCCAACUCAAAACCAAGCACGGCUAACUAUUCGCGAUCUUUCCAUAUAACCCCCGUAGGUCGGUCACGGUUGAACGCGUUAAAGGCCCGUGGUCAUAUAUGGGAAUAACGCAACCCUCCCUAUCACGACCAUCGGCCUCAGUGGAUAUCUAAACCAAUUACAUGAUAACAAGCCCCCGCACUAUUCAUCGAAAGACUAGACAGGAAAGCUUCGCAAUAACGGACUUCCUUUUCGUCUCUCGAUGGUUCCCUGGGUUUUGAACGAAUACAAGUGUUAUGAAGAAUUGCUUAGCUGUGUAACUUCUAUUCGCAGUCUUUCACGUCGCAGCGUGUAAACCAGUUGCCUUUGCGUAAGGAUGGUACGGUCACGUCUCUAAAUUCGGCCACCGCACGUAGACUCACUGAUCGCAGGCCUUGAGAUCUGAUUGGUGAGAUUCCCCCGCGCCCACGCAUAGUGACCCGCGGUUUCACCUCGUAAUGCACGUCGCCCGGUUGGCGGAUAUAAAUACUGGUGUGUGCCGUGCACCGUUAAUCCAGAGUUCACCCCGAGCUAAACGCGAUCACUGCGACUAGUAUAAACCGACGUGCACGACUUUGAGCAAGGCUCAAUCUUCAAAGGCUACUUUCACGGCUUCAAAUCUUUGUGAUUCAAGGGACUGAAUCCCUCCCAGGGUCGCUGUUUCCGUGUCGCGCAACUUAAUCUUCGAAUAUGACUUACUCUACGUCACCCGAGGCGUUACCGAGGGACGAAAGCAAACCUGAUGUUGUACGAAUCAGGACCUACGAGCCAACUGAUUAUACAGAGUGCAGAGAGAUCUUCACGGAAGGAAUGCAACAGCUAGCAAAUCCAGUGAUGGAACUUGUCUUACCGUGGUACGCAAAGAAUGCGGCCGUAUUCUUCGUCUUCGCCGCUGCUGUUGCGUUCCAGUGGUCUCUGUGGAUCCUAGCGGUAUACUUGCUUGUCUGUAUUUUACUGGUAGCCCUGCUCUACAUAAACAUUUACCUGGAAAUAAUGAAAUUCAUCGGCGCUUGCUUGAGUGCAGAUUUGAGGGACAUUGACAAGUCCUACAUGUACGCUAAAGGCUCGUCCAUGUGGGUCGCAGAGUACAAUGGAAAAGUAGCAGGAAUGGUUGGACUUAUCCACUCAGAAAACCAUCCCGACGGAGUUGCAGAACUGCAACGGAUGUCUGUUUCCUCAUCUGUAAGGAGGAAGGGCAUCGCUGGGAAACUGAUUCGAGAGCUUUUGAACUUCGCGCGUGAGCAAAACUACAAGAAAAUUGUUUUGUCGACAACAGGCGCUCAACACGCCGCAAUAGGAAUGUACAAGAAGUUUGGCUUCCGUCUUGUAAAUGUGUUUCCUUAUCCACAGAAGAUUCUCGAAGAUCUUCGCUACAACUGCUUCGAACUAGACCUCACGAUGUGAAACUGACGCUUAGGAAAGUGUAAAUCGUAAAUCUUCCGGAGCGAAAGAAUCUCUCUUCCGGGAUCACCAGUCUUUACUUACAGAGUCAUUGUUGGUAUUUAGAAUCUUUAGAAUUCUUAUGAUCUUCAAGUCGCUCUUGCGACUCUUGUAAUCGCUGCUUUAUAUAACUGGGAAAAGUUAAAAGGGGAGGCCCCCUUUCAGUGUAAACAAAUAUUUUGGUGUUCUCUUUAACACCCCCAAGGCUCUGUAGUUCAGUUUUUUUUCGGUGACUCUGUUAUCAAAUCCAGACAGACAAGUAUAAAUCACCCCAAAUAACAGCUAACACCCUUAUUUUCCCAGUGUAGAAAAGCGAUUCUAGAUAAUUGGCAUGUUGUCUGUUAUCUUGAGAUCUUAGUUGUUGUCGUGGGUGCAUUUGUCACAAUUCCUACAAGUUAGUCUCCUCGUUAAUCCGAUGGCUUAGUUUGUUACUUUGCAUAGAGGCCUAGGUUAGGAGAAUUGCUCGAGGAAUCUGGGGAAAGCUCGAAGGAUCCUGUCUCCCUCUAGUCAGGCACACUCUUCCAGUGUUUGUUAAUAUGGAUAUAUAAAUAUAGAAAACGAUUCUUUAGAUUAGGAAGGGAAUAGAGAAACCGUUCAUAAAGGUUCCAAAUUAGACAUGCAUUUCGUUUACAGAAAACACGAUGAUAUAUGUACAAAUAUAAAAGUCCACAGCGGACCGGAAUUAACGUGUCUCGUUUAAGAGACGAAAAUUAUCUAGAUAACUAACUUAGUUAAUAAAAUUAUAAGACAAUUAACUUAGUUGAUGAAAAAUCUAGCAGACGAAAAUGACUACUAAUAGAAUAGCACUUGAAAUUAGACAAUUGUAAAGUUCACAUUACAUUCCUAAUUUUUCACACCUCGUUGAACCUUAUUGUUUUGGAAAACAAACACCACGGCAAUGAGAUACUGUGAGUCCUUAUGUAAGAAGUAUGUCGUGAGUUCUUAUAGUCUCUUAACUCCAGGCAUGCUGCCAAACACCUUAGUCGCUUUUCUCUUGUACCUGACUUGAACUUGUUAACACAAACGGCAAGUGACCAGACUCAAAAAGAAGAAUUUUUAAUAAAAAGAAUCAAAGGAAGAAAA